AUGAGUAAAAAAGUAAAGAAGGAAGUAGAGCCUCCACCCAAGGAUGUGUUGGAUCCUUUAUUGAUUGAAAGCAAAACAGCAGCAACAGUUGUGCUAAUGCUUAGCUCUCCUGAAGAGGACGUUUUGGCCAAAGCAUGUGAAGCUCUAUAUAAAUUUGCAUCAAAAGGUGAUGAAAACAAAGUGACCCUUCAUGGUCUUGGAGCUGUGGAGCAUCUGUAUAAACUCAUUUCACAUGAAAAUCCAAUUAUACGCAGGAAUGCUGUCAUGAUAUUGGGCAUCAUGGCUUCUAAUUAUAAUGUCAAGAAGUUACUGAGGGAACUGGAUGUUACAAGUUCACUUAUAUCACAGCUAGCACCAGAAGAAGAUAAAGUUAUCCAUGAAUUUGCUACUCUGUGUCUAGCAUACAUGGCUGUUGAAUAUACUACUAAAGUACAAAUCUUUGAGCAAGGUGGAUUAGAACCACUUAUCAGACUGCUAGGUAGUCCUGAUCCUGAUGUUCAGAAGAAUUCACUUGAAUGUAUCUACCUCCUGAUGCAGGAUUUUCAAAGCUGUGCUGCUGUUCGUGCCCUGAAUGUAAUUCCACCCUUGCUGGAAAUGCUGAAAUCUGAAUACCCAGUUAUUCAGCUGUUAGCCCUUAAAACCUUAGAACUAAUUAGCAGAGAUGGAGAAACCAGGAAAAUACUGGGAGAAAAUAAAGGAUUAGAUUGUCUUCUGAGGAUACUGGAAACCAAUGAAUUCAAUGAUCUACAUGCAGAGGCUCUUGCUGUGUUGGGAAAUUGUCUGGAAGAUGUGCAUACUCUACGACUGAUUCAGCAGACAGGAGGCCUUACAAAGCUGCUUUCAUUUGUAGGAGACUCUUCUGUUCCUGAUAUUCAGAGGAAUGCAGCAAAGGCAAUUGCCAAAGCAGCUUCUGACUCUGGAAAUAGAAAAAUCCUAAGUGAGGAAGAGGUUGAGAAGUGUCUUAUAAAACUUUUGGAAGUUGAUAAUGAUGGAGUUAAAGUUGCGGCUUCCCAAGCAAUUUCUGCCAUGAGUGAGGAUGUAGGUAGCAAACGUGCGUUUGGAGUCCAGGGGAUUUCCCAGCUAGUACAGUUACUAAGCAGAGACAGUGAAGAGGUAAAAGAAGCAGCAGUGACAGCAUUAGCUAAUUUGACGACAGCCAGUCCUAAUAAUGCAAGCUCUGUCGUUGAGGCUGGGGGAAUUGAACCUUUAGUAAAUACUUUGAGUGCUCAGAGAGAUGGAGCCAUUGCCAAUGCUGCCACAGUGCUAACCAAUCUGGCUGAGCACGUGCCAUUCCGUGUCCAGAUCGGGAGCCAGGGGAUGAUGAGUGCGCUCGCAGAGCCCUUGCGCUCCACCAACAGCCAAGUGCAGAGCAAAGCAGCACUGGCUGUGGCUGUGUUUGGUGGUGAUGCUGAUGCAAGAACUGAGUUUAGAAAUGCAGGUGGACUGGGGCCACUCGUUGAAUUGCUGUGUUCUAAGAAUAAAGAAGUGAGAAGAAAUGCCUGUUGGGCUGUUAUGGUUUGUGCAAGUGAUGAACAGACUGCUGUUGAGCUAUGCAGGUUGGGUGCCUUAGAAAUCCUAGAAGACAUUAAUCUAUCAACAGCACGCAAAAAUAACUUCAGUGAAGCUGCUCUGGAAAAGCUACUUGAUAACAAUCUUUCCCGAAAGUACAGCCAGAUAGGAUAUUUAUCAUCAAGUAACAUCAUUACUGAUGGAUUCUAUGAUUGUGGUCGGAUAAAACCUGGAGUGAAAUUUUUAUCUUUGGAAGAACUGAGUAUGCAAGAGCUUACCGACCGUCGAGCCAUCAUCUUCAUUAACACUAAACCACAAGAAGAUCUUACAGUACAGAAUUCACAAGAUUCAUCUAAUGAAUUGACUGCCUUGUCACCUUCUAUUUCAAGAGGAAGCAGCAGAGAAAGAGCAAGAAAAGGAAAGGAGAAAAAAGAAGAGGAAAAAACGAAAGAAGAUACUCAGGGUAUAUUGCCAGUCCAGGAUGAAAUAAAGGUAGAAAGUUCACAAUGGCUACCACCACCUGACUUCAUUUUGCUGGAUUAUAUUAAUGCUGCUUUCACAACAAUUCUGCCAUUAACUACUACCCGGGAACAGGUUGUGGCUCUUGCACAGUUUGUGGCAGACAAGAUGGGUGGUCCGAUUGAGAGAGACAAACUGCAUGACUUCAGCUGGCAACUCCACAUAAGUGAAAUAGAAUUUGAAUUGAAAUGCAAUGUUGUGCCUAUCGGAAAAGUCAAAAAAGGGACAUUCUGCCACAGAGCUUUGCUUUUCAAGGUGAUAGCAGACAGAAUUGGCAUUCUCUGCAGCUUAGUUCGUGGUGAAUAUAACAGAGCUUGGAAUGAAGUUAAAUUGGUGGAUGACUCUCCUCAAGGAAUACCUCAGCUUCUGCUUCCUCCUCAAGAGUAUAUUGUAGAUCUAAUGUUUGAGCCAGGUUUCUUGAUGAAACAGGGAAGUGUACAGGCAGAUCAGUACAAACAAAUGUAUUAA